AUGGCCUGGACUCCUCUCCUGCUGGUGCUCCUCUCUCUCUGCACAGGUUCCCUCUCCCAGCCCGUGCUGACUCAGCCGGCCUCCUUCUCUGCGUCUCCAGGAGCAUCAGCCAGACUCACCUGCACUCUGAGCAGUGGCUACAGUGUUGGUAGCUAUCAAAUGUCCUGUUUCCAGCAGAAGCCAGGGGGCCCUCCCCAGUACCUCCUGAUGUUCAAGUCACACUCCGAUAAGCCCCAGGGCUCCAGGGUCCCCAGUCACUUCUCUGGAUCCAAGGCUGCCUCGGCCAACACAGAGCUCCUGCUCAUCUCUGGGCUGCAGACUCAGGAUGAGGCUGAUUGUAACUGCUACUGUCACCAAAACACUGGUAUUUACCAGGUGCUUCAGACUGUGCAAGGCUGA